AUGCGCCGCGUAGUGCAAGCAGGCUUGAAUAAGUCGCCAUGUUGCCACAAACCAUAUCGUGGCCCCCCUCGCGUUGCUUCCACCACGGCGCAUCGCCCAUACUCCGAUAACCCCCAACCUGCCUUCCCAGGCUUCGAGCCGGACACCCUAGACGCUCCACUGAGUACCAUUAUCCCUCAAACCCGCACCCAGCCCGCUCCUCCGCCUGCCGAAGAGCUACCCAAAACCGAGGAUGAAGAGAAACUAGCCAAAGCCCGCGUAGUCUUCGGCUCUCGCCUCGCCGGCCCCAUCGAGCGUCGCCGCGCCAUUGACGCCGCUUCUCAUACUGUCGCCGGCGUGAUGGUCCCGCCCAAGCCCCUAGAGCCGGACAACUGCUGCAUGAGCGGAUGCGUGAACUGCGUGUGGGACAUCUUCCGGGACGACUUAGAAGAGUGGGCGGAGAAGAGCGCGGAGGCGAGAGGAAGGCUGGAGAAGCAGAGAACGGCUGAGGGGACCGGUGGUCAGGGUGCAAUGCCUGGCCAUGUGGGAGCGAGUAUGGACGAAGACGGAGGUGGGAGCGGGACUGCGUGGGAGGGGAUGGAGAGUUUUGGGCAGCCGGGGGCGGAUCUGUUUGAAGGCAUACCGGUGGGGAUCAGGGAGUUUAUGAAGACGGAGAAGAAGCUGAAGGAGAGGCAUAAGAGGGAAGAGACGAGUGGUGGUUAA